GUGCAUUGGCUCUUUUGUUGUACGGCAGUCUAUUUAAAUCACAAUUGUAAAGGGUGUAUAGAAUUGAAAUCACCAUGUUGUUUGUAAGUUAUAUUUAGAAAGGUGUGUAUGUCUUCAAACCUUAACCGUGUGUGGAUAUACUGUGUUAUACUGAACACUCGGUAAAACUGUUUUUAAUUUUAGGUAGACGUAGUACUCGUGCAUUGGAUUACGUCGCUCUCGCUAUUGUUAUUUGGUAUUUGAUAGGUAGAAUAUGUUAUGUGGUAUACAUUGGGAUAUUUACCGAAGUUAUGUGCACGGUCAGUGUAUGAUAACAGAAUGACGACUUCAUUCACACACACUUUACUGCUAAUUGUUUUGUGGUUUAUGCUAGUGGAUGGCAUGGUAAACCUGAAAUCGGGAAUGGUGACGAGUUCAAGUCAAGCCCAUGAUCCCUACUUCUCGCCUAAGGCGGUGGACGGACUAUACGGGUCAAACCCACUGACUCACUGUUUUGUGUCCGCCAAUUCUCAGAUAUCCACUGCUUGGUGGAUGGGCGACAUCGGUCACGUGUCCAGGAUCAUCAACAUCGAUAUUCAGUUCCGGGAAGGAACUGGCAGACAAAAAGGCUACUUUUUAUACGUUUCAAAUUCGUCCUCGUGGACUAACGGAAAGUUGUGUUACCAUGACAACAACCCCGACGUCGUUCCUGAUGUCAUACAGAACAAGACGUGUGAGCUAGAUGGACGUUACGUUAUGGUGGUCAUUCACAGCGACUCUUACGCUUUCGUUGAGAUAUGUGAAAUCGACGUUUAUGGGUGUCGAUCCAAAUUUUACGGUGAGAAAUGUGAAUUCCCUUGUUACUGUAAACAAGGGUGUAAUGUCACAUCUGGGAUUUGUGACACUCCGGAAUGUCUGCCGGGAUGGAAGGGUAUGCGGUGUGAUACAAAAUGUGGACCACACCUAUUUGGCGCUAACUGUAGUCAGGUGUGUCAAUGUCGAGAGUCGGGAUGCCACCACAUAACGGGAUACUGCGACAAGCCGACCUGUCUUCCGGGUUACCGAGGUGACAGUUGUAAUCGAGAGUGUGCACCUGGGACAUUCGGGGGAAAGUGCAGCAAUGAAUGUCACUGUGAGACUUCCGGGUGUAGUCAUGUGACAGGAAUUUGUAAAACACCCGGAUGUAGCAGAGGAUGGCAUGGUAUCACAUGUAGUGAAGCCUGUGGUCCAGGAACGUUCGGGGAGGACUGUAACCAAACGUGUCAUUGUCUGGUAACGGGAUGUAAUCCUUUCAUUGGUUCCUGCUACGAACCCGGAUGUGAGCAGGGUUGGAGUGGAGACUCAUGUGACAUAAAAUCAGAAAUUAACGAGACAUCAUCUGAUGAAUGUGAGUUUGGAAAAUUCGGAAAGACAUGUUCCCAACACUGUUAUUGUGAUGUUGGGGACUGUGAUCACGUGACAGGCACAUGCUUGAAACCCGGAUGUAUGCCGGGAUGGAGAGGGGCAGCAUGUGAUCAAACCUGUGGUCCAGGAACGUUCGGGGAGGACUGUAACCAAACGUGUCAUUGUCUGGUAACGGGAUGUAAUCCUUUCAUUGGUUCCUGCUACGAACCCGGAUGUGAACAGGGUUGGAGUGGAGACUCAUGUGACGUAAAAUCAGAAAUUAACGAGACAUCAUCUGAUGAAUGUGAGUUUGGAAAAUUCGGAAAGACAUGUUCCCAACACUGUUAUUGUGAUGUUGGGGACUGUGAUCACGUGACAGGCACAUGCUUGAAACCCGGAUGUAUGCCGGGAUGGAGAGGGGCAGCAUGUGAUCAAACCUGUGGUCCAGGAACGUUCGGGGAGGACUGUAACCAAACGUGUCAUUGUCUGGUAACGGGAUGUAAUCCUUUCAAUGGUUCCUGCUACGAACCCGGAUGUGAACAGGGUUGGAGUGGAGACUCCUGUGACAUAAAAUCAGAAAUUAACGAGACAUCAUCUGAUGAAUGUGAGUUUGGAAAAUUCGGAAAGACAUGUUCUCAACACUGUUAUUGUGAUGUUGGGGACUGUGAUCACGUGACAGGCACAUGCUUGAAACCCGGAUGUAUGCCGGGAUGGAGAGGGGCAGCAUGUGAUCAAAUAUGUGAUACUGGAACGUUUGGUGAAAACUGUAACAACAUGUGUCACUGUUUGUACCCCGGAUGUGACCACGUUAACGGUACCUGUUACCGAAAGGAAGUACUUUGUCAGGGCGGUUGGACGGGCGAAUCUUGUGAUGGAGCUUGCCCAGCAGGUUCCUUCGGUACGCGGUGCAGCAAGAAAUGUCACUGUAGAUUCCCCGGAUGUCAUCACGUGACUGGAACAUGUGACAAAAUAGCGGCUGGUUGUCUUGACGGAUGGAAAGGGGAUGCUUGUGAUAAAGCUGAAGACGCAGUGCAUGCUUGUCCAAAUAGUCAGGAUCUGCUCACAGCCAUUCACGACUCUGUCCAUGUGUGUCCAAAUAAUCAGGAUCUGGACACUGCAAUCCUACUUUGCGUUUUGUUUGGUAUUUUGCUGUCAAUGACAGGCAACGCCAUUACGAUGAUGUUGAUUGUCAGGCGAAAAUGUUGUCAGAAGAGGCAGGAUUUGUACACACUAGACGGAGGAAUUGUAAACAAAACAUACGAUGAUUUGAACCUUCCAAAUAACGAAGAAACCGCAUGCUCUUCAACAUAAGUCAUCAAUAUGUUUCAAUUGGAAACCUGUCUAGACAAAGCAUGCUGGUGUGGACCAGCAAUACAGAAAAUAGUUGAUAUCUGGCAUAUCGUUCAACCAGGAAAUGAUUGUGGUUCAAUAACGAAUACAAACUAUAAUCAGAUCAGCACUACAAUGUUUUUUUUAAUCAAAUUGUUACAUAUUAUAAUCAUAUAUCGAAGCCCCAUUCGUUCUUAUACUCAGAUGAAAAUAAAAUUUAUAUACAUUUAUCAACUAGCUAUCCCAUUACCAUUUUAAUUAAUCUCGACAAAUUUAAAAAGGAAGGACAUUUGUUUCAGCAUAUCAUAUCGUUUAAUAUAUUUUCUGUUUUUUUUUUUUUAUCUUUUUAAGACCUUUAUCUGUAUUUUAAGUUGGUUUUAUCGUAUAAUCUGCCAUACGUAGUCAACCAGAUUUACUUUCCAGUAAGAUUUAAAAAAGGUCAAAGCUGCUAACUGUCGAAACAAGUCAAAUAUAGGUCAGUUUUAGAACUACUUAUAAACACGGAAACACAAUAAUUUGAUAAUAUUCAGUCUACAAGGCAGCAUCAGUUCCUUUAAAAAAAGAGUUCCAGGUGAUGGGAUCAUUUUGUUGAUAUUUCUUUCCAGUUUUAAAACAUUAAAACGGAUGACCUUUUACUCGAUUCUCGAUAUUGUCAAUAAUAUGCUUCCGCGGCCAUACCUUUUAAAGUUAUUUGUUUAUCGAAUGAUCAAAAUAAAACAUGGGAAUUUUUAUAUUAAUACCGCCACCUUAAUGGACCUAAACUAAGCUGAAAUAUCUUAUAUAUAUAUCAUAUCACUUAUUUCUAUAUUGUUUUCUCCACUUGUUAUAUUUCUGGCAAAAUCCCAGAACUUUCACGAUUCUGAUAAAUCUAAUCAUGAUUUUUUUUCUAUUUUAUAAUAUGAUGUUGCUAACUGGUCGAAAAUGUUGAAUUUAUUCUAUUUGGAAGCCUAUUUGUUUGUUGAAUAAACA